AUGUAUCGUAAAAGGGGACGCAUCUUCAUCGAUCGAGUUGCGAAGAGUCGAUUGCUUAUUUCACGCUUCGCAAGACCGUUCAUACGAAACAAUUCGAAGAUUUUAACGCACUCGUUCAGUCGUGUUGUACUACAAGCACUGUUGGACGCGAAGAAGGCCGGCGCCAACGUACAUAUUUUUGUCACUGAAGCACAGCCAGAUGCUGCAGGUAAUUAA